CCUGAAUGCAACAUUAUACUGGCAACCCCGGCGGGAGUUCAAAUCAGCUCUCCUGCAGAAAGAAAAUACACAACUUGUUCUUAAAGUGCUGUUUAUUGAGCUUAAUACAUUAUUACAAGCUACAGCUGGUCAGUACAAGUACCAAAGCUUUAUCUUAGUACCUUACCUCUUAAUGAACACGCAUCUGUAUGCAAGAUUUCAUAGAAGUAACUUUUAUUUGGACAUGAAAGAAGAUGGGCAGCUGCAGUGACUUCUCCAGUGACCUCGAUGAGGAGUUUCCUGUGUUUGACUUCCUCCAGCCUCGUCGACACCACACGGAGAAACCAGACGUGGUCGCCCUCGAUGGCUCUGAUGCAGAAGACGCAGCAGUGAAGGUCAAUGCAGGCGCACCUGCUGAUGUCAUGAUGAUCAGCAGCGAUUCUGAAGACGAUGCACCUUCUGUCCCUUUGGCUCAGAGACUCAAACAGAGACAGGACAAUGUGAUUAGCACCUCCUCCACCGUCAGGAAUGGGAAAGAUGCCGAGCGCCGUCCGCCGUCCAACCUGGCCGCCGCACAGCUCUCCUGCCAGAACGGCGUCCAUCAGGGGGGAGCGGCGGGGGGCGGCGGGGGCUCAGACCGGCCAGAUGAGGCGGUGGACACUUUCCCUCAGAGGUGGACAGACGCCUCUCACGCCAAGAGGAAAGCUGCCAAGCGCACGCCGGAGGAGGUCAGCACCUCCAGGGAGGAGGCCCUGAGGAAGAGGCAGGCCAGGGAGGAGCAGCAGAGGAGCAAGGAGCUGCUCCGGCAGGAGCAAGAGAGACAGAAAGCGGAGAAGAAAGCUCAAGCAGAGGCAGCCAAGGCCCUGAGGCCGGAGGAGUGCAUCAAGCACAUGGUGGUGGCUGUGGACCCAGCUCUCUUACAGCUGGAAGGAGGCGGGACUCUGCUGGCGUCGGUGCAGGCUCUGGGUUGUAGCUGCGCCAUCGAGAAACAAGCUCUGCCACGCAGUGUCAGCUGGAUGAGGAGGGCUCCCUGUGCACAGCCUGAUGAUGCAGCAGCGUGUGAACCAGAGGCCCAUGUUGUGAUGCAGAUGACAGUUGAUGACUUCAUCACUCUGAUCCAUGGCCACAUCCAGGAAGAAAGGCUUGGCAGCUCUGGAUGCGGUCCAACUCUGACGUCCUGGGUUCAGGAUCAGCUGAGGCAUCACCCCGACAAGAUCCUCAGCCUGGUGGUCAUCGAGUUAGAGAAAUACUUCAAAUCCCAGAAGUCAAAAAGUCAGAAGCAGUUUCGAAAGGCAGUGGUGGGUGAGGAGCGAGGAGGAGGAGCAGCGAAGAAGAGGAGGAACAAAGGAGGAGCUGAGGAGCUACCGGAGGUGUCACAAGUUGAUGUAGAGGAGGCAGUGGUGCAGCUCCAGCUUCACACCGGCGUCUCCGUCCGAUUCUUGUCAACCUGGAAGGACUUCUCAGAUCACAUCACCAUGACGACCAAAGCAGUUGCAGAAGCCCCUUUCAAGCGUCAGAGGGAGAACACGGGCUUCUCCUUCUACCUGGAGAGUGAGUGGGCGGGGGGGCAGAAGGUGGACAGAGCGGGGGGAGGACUGCUGCAGGUGUGGAAGAGACAGAUCCAACAGCUCAACAGAGUCAGUCCAGACAUGGCCGCCGCCAUCCUGGCAGCAUACCCCUCCCCACAGCUGCUGCUGAAGGCUUACAAUCGGUGCAAGACGGAUGGCGAAAAGAUCUCGCUGCUGUCUGACCUUCUGAUCCGUCGAGGCGAAGGCGUCACCUCCACCACUCGACGUAUCGGACCAGAACUCUCCAAACGCCUCUUCCUCUUGAUGAGCUCCUCUGAUCCUCAGCAGUCUCUGGACUCCGUCUGACCUUUGAACCAUGGUAUCUUCUGUUUAAAACAGGGAUGGGCAACUUAAAUGCUGCAGGGGGCCACAAUUUUUCACCAUCACUACCACUGGGCCACAUAUAGGACCGUGCAUUUAACCAAAUAUGAUGAAACUGCAAUUUUAAAUAUGUUUACAGUGCAGUAACUUAACAUAUUUCAUGCUCAAAUGCAUGUAUAACAGUAUAAAUAGGAAUACAAAAGGUUUGAAGCAAAUGAAAAAUAACCACUUACUGUGAUUUCUUUUUUUUUUCAGUGCAAGAACAGCAGACCAACAUUAAUUGCAAGAAGUAAUUUUGUGCAUUUUUACACUGCACUUUUAAGAUUUCAUGCUCAAAUGCAUGUAGUUGUACUGAGGGCCACUUCAAGUGAGGGUGCGGGCCAUAUGCGGCCCCCGGGCCUCCAGUUGCCCAUCCCUGGUUUAAAACAUUGAAUUUUAUACUAUAACCCUAAUUCCACAAAAAAAAAUUGUCAAUAAUGUAAAUAUCUGCUCAUUCUGGGUUUGAAACAGUUGGUGCAGGGGAAUUUUUCCCACUGUGUUCCAUCAUGAGUAAGUGUUUAGGAACCGAGGACACCAACUGUUGAAGUUUUGUAGUGAAAUUAUUUCUAAUUUUUGCUGAAUAUGAAACUUGAAGUUGCUCAACAGUCCCAGGUCUCCGUUGCUUCAUAAUGCAUCACAGACGUUGUUUGGAUGGCAGCAAAUGUUGAUGAAAAUGCUAAAACAUUUUAUUUUUCGAGAUGGCUUUUAUUCUGAAACUUACUUCUUAUUAUGGUUCAUGCUAACCUUACACUCUCAUUUUUACAUCCUCGAAAAUCCUAUACAUAAAUAAACGUGUUUUACAUAAA